CCAUUAGGAUUCUGCAAGAUGUCGGAGAAAUUGACGGUUUCGUACUUGGCACUUCUGGCUAUUACUUGGCUAACUGUCGAAGUAACAGCGAGCGAAGUAUUUCAAAUCCCUAGGAACCUGGACGUCCCGCGAGGUGCGAAUGUUACCAUGUUCUGCAAAUUUCCACUAUUGCAAGAUACUGUUGACGUUCGUUGGUGGAAGGACAGCGACAAGACAUUGCUAGAAAGUGACAACAGAAUGCAAUUUACUCUCGAAAGGGAAAGGGGUUCACUUGUACUCUGGAAUGUCAAAGUCGCCGACUCCGGAAUGUAUUACUGUGUAGCAACUUAUCAACUACGAUAUCUCGGGAGAGGAAAUGGCACCAGGCUCUCUGUGUUCGUUUCUCCAACCCCAUUGAAAAUUGUUCCCGUUGGAGGGUUUUCGUCUCCUGGAAAGCUGCUUUGUAAAACGGCUGCCUACUACCCGGAGAAACUAGAAAUCAUUUGGCUGAGAAAUAACGAAGAAAUUCGCACUGGAAUUGAACGUGUGACAAACCGGAGCGUGGAUGGCAUGUACGAAGCGUUUAGUUUAAUGGAAGUCACGCAGUCUACUUGGGGAGAUGUUUACAUUUGCCUGGUGUCGCAUGUCUCCCUUACGGUGCCUGCAAGUUUCAUCUACAUCCUGGAGCAAGAUCCAGAAGACGCUGAAACUAAAUUAAUUCUGUCAUGUGUACUGGGCGGAUUGGCAAUUUUAGCUCUGAUAAUAGUUUUGCUGAAAGUCAUUUUAAAGAGAUCGCACGGGAUCAACACAAGUUCUUUGGACAGAUGUCAGGAUGAAGAGACGACUAAAUGAAAUGGAGCUGUCAAACCGACUUACGCUGCUCUGCAACUUCCCGAUUCCAAGAACACCUCAGCGUCCAAUCAUCUAAAGAAACAUACAUUGUACGCAGAUGUAAAUAGAUGAAAGAAACAGUGAAGCUGAGAAUCCGACUGCAGUUUAGAGCUUUAGACUAUCAAUGAGUGCAGACCGAGGCAUUGCUUCCUAUAAUUUCUUGCAAUCAGACAAAGGUUGUUAAUCGAUAUAACAUAUAUAAUUUCGGAAGAUAAGGGAUCAAUAUCCUCUUCGAAUUGUUCGAGGGGAUUAUCACUGGAAGAAAUAAAAGUAAGUAAUUCAGGAAUAAGAUUGGGAAUAAACCAUUCCUCCUCUCUCUAUUGCCCAGUCAUAAUCUCCAUUGUACAGUCCCCGAUCAUUUCAGGAAAGAAAACUACGUUGCCUAAGGUACCGCCACACCCCCAAGAUAUUGCGUCCAGAGUCCAAAGAAGAUGAAAAAAAAUCAAGAGAUUUUCACUAGCGAGUGAAACUUUGCUGCAGUGUAAUAAAAACGCCAACUGAACAGUUAUUCUUUGCUCACUUAUGUCAACGUUCAACAGAGGGAAAUGUAGAUUUGAAGAUGUGAAAAACAUCGUAACAGG